AUGACGGAGCCUGAGAACUUCGAGGACGAUCUCUUCGACGACCUCUAUAAUGACGAAGCGCCCGCGCCACCCGCUGCCGCUCCAGAGCCCGUCGCUCCCAAAGCCGAGCCUGCUCCUGCCCCAGGCAAACCUGAGGAUGACCAGAGCGGAGGUCACCAUGGAGCAGACCCAGCCUUUGGCGAGGACUCACACAUGAACGGUGCCGAGGAAUACGAGGAGGACGAUGACGAUGUCGACUUCAACCUCGGCAACGGCGAUACACACGCUCCUGAUACCCCAUCCUACAGUCAGGCGCCGGCAGCAACGACGCACAAGAACCCCAAUGCCAAGGAGGACGGGUAA